CCGCGGGCAGAAGGGUGGGUGGUUUGCCUUGCGUGGGGGUCGCGGGCUGGGCCCAUAAAAGAGGAAGUGCACUUAGACCAGACCCUGCUGCACCCUGUUAGAAAAUGCUUUGGCUGGGAGGCAAAGAGGCGUGUGACUGGAGAAGGCUCCUUUCUGGCCGUCAGUCUUGCCAUCUUCACAAAGGGGUUGGCGGCCCAAGAGAGUGUGAGGCAGAGGCGGGGAGUGGCAAGGGAGUGCCUGUCUGGGGGAACGAAGGAGUAAAUGCGGUGAUCGGGGAGCACGGAAAUGGGCGUGGAGGAAGGCACGCAGAGAACCCUAGGCGGGGCGGCCCCCGCCGAAAGACGGUGGCUCCAGGGUUUCCUCACCCUAGUUGGAGCUGGCAGGCCCCGCCCCGCCUGCAGGCCUCUCCCCUGGGCCCCGCCUCCGAGACCUAAGCUGAGCCGCCGCCUGCGCGGAGCCGCACUACAGCGCAAGUUCCCCCGCGCGCGUGCUUUGGGUUAGCGACAGCCCAAGCCCGCCGGACGCUCCGCCAGCCGACAGACAAAGCCGCACGCUCUCUCGUGUUCUCCCUACGGCCCGGACUCAUAGUAUGACCAUUAGGUGUUUCGUCUCCCAGCCGUUUUCUAUGGAAACCCAAGGGGAUCAGGCCAUGAUAGCCACUGGCAGCUUUGAAGAACGGGACACCUUUAGAGAAGCUUGAUCUUGGAGGCCUCACCCUGAGACCUUACAAAGCCGGAUUCCGGCAGAGUUCCUCUGUCUCGUCUUGCUGAUUAAAGGUGCCUCCAUCUCCAGUUUUUCUCCAUCUCCUGGGAGGUAGCAGGAAAUCAGCAUCAUGGUUGGGUUCAAGGCCACAGAUGUGCCCCCUACUGCCACUGUAAAGUUUCUUGGGGCUGGCACAGCUGCCUGCGUCGCAGAUCUCAUCACCUUUCCUCUGGAUACUGCUAAAGUCCGGCUACAGAUCCAAGGAGAAAGUCAGGGGCCAGUGCAUGCUACAGCCAGUGCCCAGUACCGUGGUGUGUUGGGUACCAUUCUGACCAUGGUGCGUACCGAAGGCCCCCGAAGCCUCUACAAUGGGUUGGUUGCCGGCCUGCAGCGCCAAAUGAGCUUUGCCUCUGUCCGCAUCGGCCUCUAUGACUCUGUCAAACAGUUCUACACCAAGGGCUCUGAACAUGCCAGCAUUGGGAGCCGCCUCCUAGCAGGCAGCACCACAGGUGCCCUGGCUGUUGCUGUGGCCCAGCCCACGGAUGUGGUAAAGGUCCGGUUCCAAGCUCAGGCCCGGGCUGGAGGCGGUCGGAGAUACCAAAGUACCAUUGAUGCCUACAAGACCAUUGCCCGAGAGGAAGGGUUCCGGGGCCUUUGGAAAGGGACCUCUCCCAAUGUUGCUCGUAAUGCCAUUGUCAACUGUGCUGAGCUAGUGACCUAUGACCUCAUCAAGGACACCCUUCUGAAAGCCAACCUCAUGACAGAUGACCUCCCGUGCCACUUCACUUCUGCCUUUGGGGCAGGCUUCUGUACCACUAUCAUCGCCUCCCCUGUAGACGUGGUCAAGACGAGAUACAUGAACUCUGCCCUGGGCCAGUACAGCAGCGCUGGCCACUGUGCCCUUACCAUGCUCCAGAAGGAGGGGCCCCGAGCCUUCUACAAAGGGUUCAUGCCCUCCUUUCUCCGCUUGGGUUCCUGGAACGUGGUGAUGUUCGUCACCUAUGAGCAGCUGAAACGGGCCCUCAUGGCUGCCUGCGCUUCCCGAGAGGCUCCCUUCUGAGCCUUUCCUGCUGCUGACUGGCUUUGGCUCUGAUCGGGCUAUGCUUUCCUUUUCUUCCUUUCCUGCUUCCCUCUUUCUCUACCUCUUCCUUCUACUCCUUUACCCCACCACCUUUCCUCUCUCCACAUUCUUAUCUCCCCAUUGUCUCUGUGCUGGUAGAAUUGACAUUUGACAAUGUGGGAGGCCUGGUACCAGCCUGGAUCCCAAGCCCCUAGUCCCUUGGAAAGUUCAGCCAGAAUCUUCAUCCUGCCCCCACAGCCCAGCCCACUUUUCACCCAUAAAGCAAGCUCAACUUUGGUGUCUCUUC